AUGUUCCACGACCUGAAUGUGCCCUGGCCGGCACGGGAGGGAAGCGUAACGUCAAAGAAAGCAAAGAAAGCAGUACAGAAAACAGAUGAGAAUACGCAUUCCAACUCAGACACUGUCGAUCCGCUUGCCGUCCUUACUGAAUCUGAAAAGUCUAGACUGAGUCAACUCGUCUAUGAGUUGAGAGAGCUUGGGUAUUCCACAAUCGCUUUGAAUCAUGUGGUUUAUACUAAGUACGAUCCCCAGUUACAUCCCCAUCCUUUUGCGUCAACCCGGAAGGGCCCCAACCCACCUUUUCCGAAGUUGGACCCUCGAACACGAGGUGGCCAAGGUGUAAGGUCUCGGGCUCAAGGAAUCAAACAGCUCAGCCGACUGACACUUGUUCUGGACAAGGAUCAAGCCAUCAAGUCCGGCACAGGGUUUGUCGCAGCCAACAGUAAUGCGCUGCAGAAUUAUGACUUGCUAGCAGUGAUGCCUCUCACGGAGAGUGGUUUUCAACAUGCAUGUAUUACAAUGAGCGAGUUAAAACCUUUCAGCGUGGAUAUUAUCUCACUAGACUUAGCAGCUGCCCCAAGGCUACCAUUUCAUUUAAAACGAAGCACCGUCGGUGCUGCACUUGCUAAUGGUGUGGUUUUUGAAAUCACGUACGGAUCUGCAACAGAUACGUCGUCGUCUGCAAUGGGGGAUCAAGAUUUGUCGGCAGCUCGCAGGAAUCUUUUUAGCGGGGCAAGGGAAAUACUGCGCGCGACAAAUGGCAAGGGUGUGAUUAUCAGCGGUGCGGUCAUGGACGUGCUGGGAUUGCGUGCCCCUUAUGAUGUUUUGAAUAUGUAUGUCUAUGAAACUUAUUCGAUAGGGCAACGCUGA